AUGUCUAUGUUUCGUUCUCCUCAAGAUGAUUCUUCCUCUUCCGAGUCAAGCUUUAUAUCUUCAGAAGAGGAACAUGAGAGUAGCCAUACACCCAGGCAGCGUGGCAAUUCUAGCUCCGUCCAUGAUGUUGAGCCCGCCGGUAGCUUGGAUACGGAGUCUACGGCCGCAGAGAUACUUGGAGGAAGCUCGAUAUACGGAGACCUGGGCUUCCGUGAUAUCCCUGAUGUGGACGCCGAAGGCCAUGCUGCUCUCAUGACUGCAGCUCUUCUUGAACACUACUGUCUAACCAAAGCAUGCGGCAUCCUAAACGAGCAGUCGGGGAAUCGUGGACAGUAUACGCAUGAAUCACCAGAGGUCAAGCUGCUGGGACGGCGUCUAUAUACAUACCAAUCCAAGUUCCUGUCAUCUCAUGGAAUCGUGGCUCCGGGGGUCGAUAACGAUAAUUGGGAGAGUACGAGACAGUACUAUAGGGAAGGACUUGAUACCAUCGGCAUGGCUGCGUUGGAGGGAUUAAAUCUAAGCUCUAGAGCGGUACAAUCUCCUCGGGAUACACCUCAAGAUUCGUUCAUGGCUCUAGAUGCAAAAGAGCACUCGAUGGAAGACACGGUGUUUACGAUGAAGCAGUCGACGAACAUCAGUUUCCAACGGCUGAUAACCGGUAAAACUGGUGUCCCACAAGGUCAAAACCAGUUUGCUUCAGGGUUGUUGAACCGGCUGCAGCGUCAAGCCACCCCGCUUACACGACCAAUCAGGGUAGGAGGGUCUCGGUACGCAACUGAGUUCGAGGAAGAAGCACUGAUAGGGAGAGGUUCAUAUGGCGUUGUAUACAGAGUCAGACACCAUGUUGACGGGCAAGGUUACGCUGUGAAGAAAAUCCCACUCAGCUCUAAGAAGCUACAGCAGCUGCAAGAAAGAGGCCUGAGAGAGGUUGACAAUAUAUUAAAGGAGAUUAGAACGCUGGCGAAACUAGAACAUACAAACGUUGUUCGUUAUUACGGAGCAUGGGCAGAAUACUCACCCACUCCCGUAGCCUCUCGUUCCUCUUCUCCUCCCAAGCGGCAACAGACACUACUCAACCAGCCCUUCUCUGAGUAUGACGGUGGUACAUCCAGUUGUGGGAUUGUGUUUGAAGAGUCAGACCAUGGGGUUGUGUUUGAAGAACCAUCUGGCUCUUCACAGGCGCACGAGGAACACUCAGGACCAUCGAAUGAUAGGUUGUCUGCUGGUGAACAUGACCGUCGAAGGGGAAGUUUUGCUACAGUCUCCUCAGAGAGGUCGAUGAAGUCUUUUGUGGCUAGUGUCGAAGAAGACGAAACAGACACAAAUGACGAUGAACAUGUCGAAUCUAUACCCCGCCAGCUCAGUUUUUCGUAUUCGGGCCAAACUUCUGUCAGUGAAUCAGGGCCUGACAUCUUCAGUGACGGACUAGGAGGCGGAGGGUCAAAUAUGCAACUCGAUAGAAAAUCUAGAGCGGACCCUACUGCGCCAGUCAUCCUACAUAUUCAAAUGUCGCUUCAUCCACUGAGCCUUGCAAAGUACCUAGCUCCACAAGUUGACAAUGGCCCUACGAACACCCCCCACCAUUGCUACCAUAUCGUACCAUCCGUCAAAUUACUUCUUGGAAUUCUCUCAGGGGUAGACUACCUACACGCAAAAGGAAUAGUGCACAGAGAUUUAAAACCUGCAAAUGUGUUUUUAUCUCCCUCAGAUACAGAACUAGAUACACAUUUAUGUCCGAUCUGUAGUCACCACGGACAUGACCACAAAAUCUUCUACUCUAUCCCACGGAUUGGUGAUUUCGGUUUGGUUGCCGAGUCGCCAACUUAUGGGAAGAAUCCGGUAUCAGAGGAGCUUCCUUCUGCGCCCAUACGCCCAGUUGGAACAGAGUUCUAUCGCCCACCAGCUCACUCAUUCCGUACCCAAGGUUCUACCAGCCUACAUCCGUAUGCGGACAAUUCACUAGAUAUUUACGCACUUGGAGUCAUCUUGUUCGAGCUUUUAUAUAAGAUCGAUACUCGCAUGGAGCGACAAAUGGUACUGUCAAACUUGACCUGCUCUCCCAAUAGUUUAUCUCACUUUGGAGAAUCUGUAUCCCCAAAAAAAGAAUCCGGCCUAUCGUCCCCUGUCCUACCACCGGAUUUCACAGAUAAGAUCAUACACAACUGUAUUAAUCACAGACUUUCCAAGGAUAGCACUGACAACGGUAGUAACCAUGUUGACGUCACAGCGAAGGAUAUUGCAAAACGUUUGGAAAUGUGCAUCACUGGAAUGGUGGACCCGGAUAUUCAACGUCGAUCAACCUGCAAGAGAGUUAGAGAAGAACUGGAGACGAUAUGUGAUCUGGCUGAGCGUCUACUGAAGAGAGAAUGA